AUGAGCACCCCCUCACAAGACCGGGCGACUCGUUCCGCUCCUGGUUCGCCUCGGAUAAUGCAAAAGCCACCCUCUCUCGACAGAGAUGGCCUUUUCAAUCACCACGGAGCAUGCAGUGACCAUGGAACUCCAUCGGCUGCAACCACAAAUCGCACCUUCUCUCCUGAUGCUUCCAUUGUUCUGGUCGGUGUACGUGGCAGUGGGAAGCGGUCACUCGGGCUGAUCGCUGCCGCUGCACUUGGUAGGCGCUUCGUAACAGAAGAUCACUUCUUUCAAAGUGUUACAGGCCUUUCACGACAAGACUACUUGAAACUCCAUGGAAGCGAGGAGUUCCACAAACAAGACGUUGAUGUCACUCGCAGAAUGUUGGAAGAGAACAAGCACCGCUGCGUCAUUGAUUGCGGACUUGGUAGUCUCACAAGCAGCUUGCAGGAGUACCUCAAGCAAUACUGCCUGACCAAUCCUGUUGUAUAUCUUGUUCGCGACAUGAGCCGGAUCAGGUCAUUGUUGAAUCUUGGAGACAGGUCUGCUAGACUGCUCGAAGCUGGGGAUCCAAGUCACCGCAAAUGCUCAAACUUCGAGUUCUACAACUUGGAAGAUGACACUAGUGGUAUACCUGAUGAGGAACUCACCGAUCGCACAUCUCCAGUAUAUUCGUUCAAGCUCCGGCAAGCUCAAGAGGAUUUCUCUCGUUUCGUGCGACUCAUCACCGGCAAUGCCAACGAUGCCAGUCCUGUCUCUCCCUUCGCACUUGACGUGCAUUUGCAGGCACGUGCAUAUACCCAUGCUCUCGAAGUCCCGCUUUCGAGAUAUGGAGAUAGCCUCGACUUGAAAUCCCUGCAAGCUGCUGGUGAUGUUGUUGAACUUGUCGUUGACAGGUGGCACCCCUCACUCACGAAGAACCUCAGCAAGCUGGUCGCCUCAAUUCGGCGCUACGUUGGUACACCAAUCAUCAUAUCACUCAGACUCGCAAGCUUCUCACCCGAUGUCCUGACUGCCAUCCUCAACCAUGGCCUCCGCCUGGGCAUCGAAUACCUGUCACUUGACCUUGAACUGGACACUGAACGUCUCGUGAAUCUGAUCGCCACCCGAGGCCAUACUCGAAUUAUCGGCACGUUCAGAAGCGCAAGAACGCAGCUCGGAUGGCAUGAUCCAUUGCUAUUCGAUCUCUUGAAAAAGGCUGACGAAUUGCACUGCGAUUAUGUUAGGAUCAUGCUUCCAGCUCUGUUUCGAGAAGAUCACGAAUCAUUGGAUUGGUUUCGUGACGAGGUCAAAUCGAAGCUGCAGAUUAAGGCACCGCUGAUUGCUUUCAAUACAGGAAAUCUAGGGCGGACUUCUCAAGCCUUAAACCCGCUUCUGACUUCAGUCACGCAUCCUGGGCUGUCUUUGGGUGGUCAAGGCGAUGCUGACAUGCUGGCGCCGGUUCUUACUUCUUCUCAAGCGCUCAGAGCUCUUGGUACAAGUUUCAUGCUUGAUGCUCUUCAGUUUUGUAUAGUUGGCGGAGACGUCUCUGACUCCUUGUCACCCGCCAUGCAUAACGCCGCAUACGAAGCUCUGGGUCUACACCAUUCCUAUACGACGAGAAACAUCACAUCCUGGGACGAAGUGGAAACACUUGCCAAGAACAGCCACUUUGGCGGUGCCAGUGUUGUUCAGCCUUGGAAAGUCAAGGCCGUGGAAAAGCUAUCUUCGCUAUCAGCAAAUGCUAAAGCCAUAGGCGCUGUCAACACCCUCAUUCCUCUUCGAAUCGAUUCAAACGGCAGGCUGAUGUCCCUGGAACAACAAGCGUACAACCGCAACAGGGCUGGGAAUAUUGCUGGCUGGCACGGUGACAACACAGACUUUGUCGGAAUCAAAGUCUGCCUUAAUCGGAGCCUCUCACCACGCAAUGUCAUCCAUUCCAAGACCACCGGCCUUGUAGUGGGCGCAGGCGGUAUGGCGCGAGCAGCUGUUUAUGCCAUGCUUCAAUUGGGCUGUCGGAAUGUUUUUGUGUACAAUAGGACGACCUCAAACGCACGUGCCGUCGCGAACCACUUUAAUGACUGGUUAUCAAAGCGAUCUGCACCGACUAAUGGUUCAACAAGCGACAUGGUUCGAGUGUUGGAGUCCCUAGACGAGCCUUGGGAGGCAGGCUUCAGCAUGCCCACCAUGGUGGUCUCAUGCGUAACGCACGAGCACAUCGAAGGCAAUGUUGGCUCGGAAUUUGAGAUACCCAAACAGUGGCUGGAAUCGCCGUCAGGAGGCGUCGUGGUGGAGAUGGCCUACAUGACGAAGGAAACUGCGCUCACCAAACAGAUCGCGCAAUUUCGGGCAUCGACUGGGUCACCCUGGGUUAUCGUCUCUGGCGUCGACACUUUGAUUGAGCAAGCUGUGGCACAGUUCGAGAUCUUUACCGCACGGCGAGCCCCACGUGCAGCCAUGAUGCAGGCUGUCCGAGCAGAGAUGCAGACCAAUCGGCAAUACAUGAUGGAUUGGGGCAGUUAUCGCCCGUGGUAA